AUGCUUGGUUAUCAGGAGGAUACAAAGGAUGGGCUUUGGAACACAGAUGACAAAAACCACAAUGCAAUUAAACAAGGCCUUAUUGGUACUCAAAUUGAUGAAUUUGUACAGAAACAGUUAAAGCUUCAGAUAGAAUAUGACGAGGUCCGAAAGAAAGCAGACGAAGAGAGAGAAGAAAGAGUCGCAAAGCGUGAGUUAGAUAAGCAAAGCUUGGAACUAGCAAAUGUAGAGAAAAAUUAUGAAUCUGUUAGAGAUUUUAUGAUUUUUGAUCAAAUGUUAUCUAGUUGUUCUCAUGAUCGUUCAUUUUUGCUAGAACAGUCAUUUCAGAAUUCGUGUCGACUUGCUGAGAGUGCAGAUAGAUAUCUAGUUGCUCAUGAUGUCAUUAUUGGUCUUAUACCUGGACUUAAACAUAAUGUUGAUGCAGGUUUAAGUUUAAUUCACGGUGAUGAGUUUGCUUCUGAUCGUAACGUUAACGUUAAUGUUGUAACGAGAGCAAAAGCUAAGAGUAAAGUAAAGGAACGUCCUAUGUCUAGUAAUCUUGAAUCUUUGGAUAAGGAAUGUGGUCUUAAUUCUGAUGAAUUUAGUAAGUAUCAAAAUGAAUGUCCUUCACUUGCUAGUAUUCGUAAGUUGCUUGAUAACGAAGAAAGUGUAACCUUAAAAUGUCGGACAGUAAAGUACGUAAAUAUUGGAGAUUUAAUAUAUCGUAAGUGCAUUGAAAGUAGUAAACCUGAAGAUGUGAGAAAAUUACAGUUAGUUGUGCCAGUUCAGUACCGUAAUAUAAUCAUGAAGUUAGCACAUGAAUCUUUGUUGGCGGGACACUUUUCUUCUCGUAAGACUAUAGAUAAGAUCAUGCAGAAAUUCUAUUGGCCGAGGGCAAGCUUAGAUAUACAUAGAUUUUGUAAAUCUUGUCAUUCGUGUCAAAAGUUCAGCAUAAAAUCAAAGAAAGUACCUUUAGUGCCAAUGCCCAUUGUGAAUGAACCUUUUUCACGUAUUGCUAUUGAUCUAAUUGGUCCUCUCACUCCUUCUACUAAGAAAGGUCAUAAGUAUAUUCUUACGGUGAUAGAUAUGGCUACUCGAUAUCCCGAAGCAGUUGCUUUACGUAAUAUUGAUACAGUUUCUGUAGCUGAGGCAUUAAUGGAGAUAUUUUGUAGACUUGAUAUACCCAAAGAAAUCCUUAGUGAUCGUGGCACUCAAUUCAAAUCCGAUCUUAUGUCUGAAAUUAAUAAAUUAUUAUGUAUCAAAGCCAUUUACACAAGUCCUUAUCAUGCAUCUUGUAACGGAAUGGUUGAACGGAUGAAUGGAACUUUGAAAAAUAUGCUCAAGAAAAUUUGUAUGGAUAAUCCGAAUGAAUGGGAUAAAUAUAUUAAUGUUGUCUUAUUUGCAUAUCGUGAAAUUCCAAAUGAUAGUUUAAAGUUCAGUCCUUUUGAAUUGCUGUACGGUCGAAAUGUAAGAGGUCCAUUAUCUAUUUUGCUUGAAUUGGUAUCUAAUAAUAGUAUUGAUGGAGAAUUAACUACUAGUUAUCAGUACAUAAUUAACCUUAGAGAUAAAUUGCAGAGCAUGGCUGAAGUUGCAGUAAAUAAUGCCAAGGUUAGUGCCAAGAAAUAUAAAGAGUAUUUUGAUCAGAAAACCUCCUCUCGUAAAUCCAAGGUUAAUGAUGAAGUUUUGGUUAUGCUUCCAAAUAGUUCAAAUAAAUUCCUUAUGCAAUGGAAAGGUCCAUAUGUAAUCACUGAUGUUCAUUCUAAUGGUGUUGAUUACUAUGUCAAAGUAGGAAAUAGAUUAAAGUUAUAUCAUGCAAAUAUGCUUAAAACUUAUCAUAGAAGAACUGAGAUUAGUGUAAUUCAACAAGAAGUAAAUGAUCUUGUAAAUUCAUCAAAUUUGUUUUCAGCUCUUCAAGCUGAAGUACAGCCUGUUAUUGCAGUUACUGACGAUAAUUGUUGUGAAUUGCCAUCAAGAGAUGAAAACUCUGGUAAUUAUAAUUUUUGUGAAUCUUUGUCAUCUGAUAAAAUUAAUGAUCUUGAAUGUUUAUUGAAGUCAUUUACAGGCGUCAUGAGUGAUACACCUAGUCGUACUAAGACUAUUUCUCAUAAUGUAAAAUUGCAAAGUGAUGAACCAAUCAGAGCUAAGAAUUACCCAAUUCCUUUAAGUUUGCUCGAUGAAUUCAAUAAGGAGGUAGAUAGAAUGAUUGAUAUUGAUAUUAUUCAACCUUCAACUUCUGAUUAUUGUUCACCUGUUGUUAUUGUACGAAAACCUAAUGGAAGUAUAAGUUUAUGUGUUGAUUUUAGAACUCUUAAUGAAUAUUCAGAAUUUGAUACAGAACCGAUGCCUAGUAUAAAUGACGAUUUACGUAAAAUGAAUGGCGCUAAAUAUUUUACUGAAUUAGACCUGUGGCUUCCUGGGAAGUCCACUACCCCUUGGAAUAGGUCGGGCUUGGUAAUCCACAAGGUGAAAACCUUGAAGACCAAGUCUCUGCUGAAGGCGGUUAGACCAGCCAAGCCUUCCCCGGCAGACUCCGCCAGGUCGUCAUUGGUCCCCAAACCUUCGACUUCCUCGGGCAAAGCUACUCCCCCACCCAAGGGGUCGAGAGCUAAGUUUUCCAAAGCCAGACCGGCAGAGUCUGGCUUCGAUCAUGAGGCUUUCGCCACUCUUCUCAUGCAGAAGAUGAGCGAAGUAGUGGAUUUGAGGCCUAAAUUGAUGUCCACUAACUCGCCUCAGGUCUAG